ACUUUUGAAAAAAGACGCCUCAUCCAGUCACCGUCCUGCGCACAUUAGCACGAACCAUCCAGUCCGCAGCGUGCUGUUCAAAACACAGCCGACCGGUGGGCCGGCGAGCAGCCUGCCAGCGGGAGAGCGGCAUGGCGUCGGAGUCGAGCGAUUUCCAGCAGCGGGUUCUGGCAACGGUGAAAUCGUCGCAGGAGAGGAAAGAUCCGCCGUUGAUUUGGGCGAUGGAGGUGAGCAAAUGCAUCCAAGAGACGGGAUUAGGGCUCCCUAAUCCGGAAUUAGGGCAGGUUUUGGUCUCUAAUCUCUGCUUUAGUAACAAUAAUCCGACGCUUUGGAAGUUUAUCGAGCAUGCCAUCAGCUCUCGCCUCGUGUCUUCUCUUCAUAUACUCGCCUUACUCACCUCCAGGGUGAUUCCUCAUCGACGGAGUCAACCAGAGGCCUACAGACUUUAUCUUGAACUACUAAGCCGAUAUGCCUUUUCGUUUGUUCCAAUGGGGGGAGAUCCUUGCAGAGAACAGAUCAUGAAAUCUGUGGAUGAUGCUCUACGCCUUUCUCAUACCAAUGGUGUUAGUGUGACUGAAGUCGGACAUGCAGCAGUGCUGUUUCUUUUUAGUGUCAUCAUCAGUUUGAUUGAUUGUACAUUGGAAGAUUGGGGAAUGCAAUCGGCAUCUAUUGACAAAAGUGGCAGUGCAUAUGGUAGUGCAGGACACCAGGAUAUGGAUAUAGAUGCUAUGGGAAAUUCGAAUGAUAAAAGAAACGAGCAUCGUGAACAGCUGCGGAGAGUGAAUGCUUUUACGGCGAUUGAGGUGGUGGAAAAGCUUACCGAGAACAAAAGGGCCAUGGUUCUAUUACGUCUUGUUCAUCUCAACAUCAAUAGGCCUGAAAAGUUCAAUGGCCUACUGCAGAGACUGCAGUUUCUUGAAUCACACAAGUCGACCUCACCGAACUUGAAAUCCGCCAGCCAGAUUUUGGUAAGAUUAUCUGCGAAUAUACAGAGAGCUUUGCAUUGGGAAUAUCAGUUGAACAAGCGUCACACUGUCGGGAUGCUGAUCGAUAUUGGGUCAUGUAGCUUAGCAUCUUUCCACAGUUUCAGAGUUGGUCAGGCUGCCUGUUGGCUUCCUUUCGACAUGUAUAUGGAGAAUGCGAUGGACGCGAGGCAGCUUCCAGCUACAUCUGCUUGUGAUAUACUUACAGAACUAAUCAAUACCCUCCAAGUUAUCAACCGAGCAAGCUGGCAAGAGACCUUUCUAGCACUCUGGGUUUCGGCUCUUCGGCUUGUGCAACGAGAGCGUGAUCCAUUGGAAGGACCUAUACCACAUCUCGAUGCACGGCUAUGUGCUCUUUUGUCUAUCACGCCCCUGGCAAUUGUUCGUGUUAUUGAGGAAGAGGGUGAAAUGCCAUCACAUCGAGGCGGAGGCGCAUCUGGGAAUUUGGUCGUUAGUUAUGACCAUGGUAUAGAUGGCAAUGGAUAUGCUUCUAGAAGGCACGGAUUGAUAUCCUCCCUUCAGGUACUGGGGCAGUUCUCUGGGCUCCUUUCGCCUCCGCCAUCCGUGGUCAUUGCAGCAAACAAUGCUGCUUCUAAGGCAGCAAGCUUCAAAUCUAGUUUCAAGAAUGGGACUGACGGUUUCAAAGGUUUCGGCUACGGUGACACUUCUGUUAAAGCAGUUGGAAACAUGCGGCAUCUCAUAGUUGAAGCUUGUAUCGCACGAAAAUUGAUUGACACAUCAGCAUACUAUUGGCCUGGUUAUGUGGUUCCCUCUGCAACAUCAUUGACAGAUUCAUCCCCAGUCCAAAAGUCUCCUUGGUCAACCUUCAUGGAAGGAGCUCAGCUAACUGAUCCCCUGAAAAAUGCCCUAAUUGCAACUCCUGCUACGAGCUUAGCGGAGCUUCAGAAAUUAUAUCACAUUGCAUUAAACGGGUCAGAAGAAGAAAAGUCAGCUGCUGCUAAGAUCCUUUGUGGUGCAUCUCUCAGCCGCGGGUGGAAUGUCCAGGAACAUGUGGUGCAUUUCGCAGUCAAGCUUCUAUCUCCUCCUGUCCCUCCUGAAUUUUCUGGGCCUGGGAGUCAUUUAGUUGGUUAUAUGUCCAUGCUAAAUGCUGUCCUUUUUGGGUUGUCCUCUUUUGAUAACGUUCACAUCCUUUCUUUAUAUGGUGUGGUCCCAGAAGUCGCCGCUGCUUUAAUGCCCGUCUGUGAGGCUUUUGGGUCCCUCAUACCCACAUCAAUUCACAAAGCAACCACCAGUGAUGAACCCUCAGCAUACACUGUUUUCUCAUGUGCAUUUCUCUUCCUUCUUCGUUUGUGGAAAUUUUAUAGACCACCACAUGAACAUUCUACAGCAGGUGGUGGAGGAACUACAGAGUGCGUACUUACACUGGAGUAUCUCUUGUUAUUGCGCAACAGCCGUGCUGCUUUGCACAAUCCCACCACUACAACCAACAAGGCUACAAACCCAAUUGAUGGACCAUCGGUUCAGCCUAUUUACAUCGAAUCCUUCCCAAAGCUACGAGCUUGGUACUGUCAAAAUCAAGCUUGCAUAGCUUCAACUCUUUCUGGCCUAUGUAGUGGAAAUCCAGUUCAUCAAGUUGGCAAUAAGAUUCUGAGUAUGAUUUAUUGGAAAAUGACCAAGGGUGGGGCUGUGUCGGGCAACUCUUCAAACCCUUCAAGCGGCAACAUAAGUGGCUCGCCUGUGAAUUCGGGAGAUGAUGCUUAUCAGAGGCCCAUGCUCCCUGCAUGGGAGGUCUUGGAAGCUAUUCCUUUCGUUCUUGAAGCAGUGUUGACUGCUUGUGCCCAUGGAAGACUGUCGUCUCGGGACUUAACAACAGGCCUAAGGGACCUCGUGGACUUCUUACCAGCCUCUCUCGCUGCUAUUAUCAGCUACUUCUCUGCUGAAAUUACUCGGGGUAUCUGGAAACCUGUUUUGAUGAAUGGUACCGAUUGGCCUAGUCCUGCUGCAAACCUUUUCCUUAUCGAAUCUGAAAUAAAGGUAAUCCUCGCCUCUGCUGGAGUUGACACCCCCGGUUCUUACCCAGGUGGGAUGCCGAUGCUUCCAUUACCAAUGGCAGCGAUGGUUAGCCUAACAAUCACGUUCAAACUCGACAAGAACAUAGAGUAUAUCCAUGGUGUUGCUGGACCUGCAUUGGAAAAUUGCGGAUCCGGUUGCCCUUGGCCCAGCAUGCCAAUCAUCGGAGCCUUGUGGGCCCAGAAGGUUCGCCGGUGGCAUGACUUCAUCGUCACCUCAUGCUGUCGGUCCGUCGUGAGACAGGACCGAGAUGCCAUAAGCCAACUCCUCAGGAGUUGCUUCACAUCCUUCCUCAGGCCCCUGCAGGUGUCGGCUUCCACUGGGAGUGUGUCUGGCCUCUUGGGAACCUCCAUGUCUGCCCGUGGGGGCCGCAUCCAUCUUGCGCCUGGCUUUCUCUAUCUCCGCACAUGUAGGGCGAUCCAUGAUGUCAACUUCGUCAGCGACAUGAUCUUGGAUCUGGUUACCAAGUCAGCCCGGGAAUCUGCAGCUGGGUGGGCCACUAUGGGUUCAGCCCGAUUGAGAUCAAGCCGGCCAUCGCUUGCCUCUGCGGCAGCUCGGGCAAAGGAGGUGGCCAUGCUCGGGGCUAGCCUCCUAUGUGCUGCAGGUGGGGCCCAGCUGGUGCAGGUGUUGUACCAGGAGACAAUGCCCACAUGGCUACUCACAACGAGGGAAGGGAAGCCCGGGGUGGUGGCGGCAGGCCACGCAGCCUGUAUCCUAGAAGGGUACGCAAUGGCUUACUUAUUGGUGCUGUCUGGGACAUUUGCAUGGGGGAUAGAGGGAACUGUGGCAGCGACAUCAGCAUCGUUGUGGAGGGCCCGCGUGUUUGGGAUGCACAUGGAUUUCAUAGCGGGGAUGCUGGAGGGGAACAUAUCGCUGGGGUGUGACACGGCAACGUGGAAGGCCUAUGUAUCGUGUUUUGUGGGCCUGGUGGUGAGCUUCACCCCGGCAUGGAUCCCAGAGGUGAAGCAUGGGACGCUGCGCAAGCUGGCCAACGGGCUUUGUGGGUGGCAUGAAUCCGAGCUUGCCCUUGCCCUGCUCGAGAGAGGGGGCGAGGCUGCCAUGGGCUCUGUAGCCGAGCUGUUCAUGUGAGUGCUGGUUUGCAUGCAAGUGCUGUGUGCGUAGCUUAAAAUCCCAUGUGCACCAUGCGCUUGACUGGAGGGACUCGUUCUUGUACAGGUGAAGUGACAAUCGAAUCAUGCAAGUUAUAUGCAACUGUAUCAUCAUUUUUCUCUUGCA